AUGUCGAAAUCCAAAUGGGCAAACUUGUUCACGCGAUCCGCCACUGAUGACGAAGCAUCCAAUCCCCGAUAUGAUCGCAGGCCAUCACACGCUAGCAGCUGCUGUUCCAUUAGCACGGCUGUUGAGGAUGCAUGGAGUGAUACUGAAUGCUGCACAAAGAAGCACAAGCAUGGUAGCAACACACGUACACGGCUUAUCCCAUCUUUGUUUCGACGACGUGGCUCAAACACAUCCACAUCUUCAUCAUGCUCCUCGUUUGACACUGAAGAGCAAGAAACAUGUGAAAGGGACAUGCGGCAACUUAAGAGCUUGCUUGAUCUUGCAUUGGACGAGAUCAAGUAUGCUGAGGAUUCACGAGGCUCAUCGUAUUAUGCUGGGGAUUGUGUUACCGCUCGAGAGGCGAUCGAUCUAUGCGCAAUUACAUUUAUGCAAUUGCAACAACAAACUAUGGAUCCCGCCAUACAAUCCUUACUUCAAUCCGACCUAGCACCAAGGUUAAUCGAUUUGCAAGCCAAAUUCGACGCUUUACCUUCGCUUGAAGUACAUGAUGCUUAA